GGGAGUGUCUUCGCGACGUGUACGAGGUGCUUCUUGUUAUCUACAUUCUGUGUUUCUUCCGUUGACUGCUUCUGGGCGUAUUACUGAACAAUCAAGCUCCAGGUGUCUCACCUGACCAGACCAACAAGCCAUCUUUCAUCAUGCCUGAAGCCUACCACGCCCAUCCAGACUACGGCUACGCCCGCGAUUUUAAGGGCUAUGGCGAGAAAGGCCUCGCCUGUCCAUGGCCUAACGACGCCAAAAUCGCAGUCUCCUUCGUCAUCAACUAUGAAGAGGGCGGCGAACGCUCAGUCCUAGCAGGCGACGGGGUCUCCGAAACCAACCUCCGCGAGAAUCCCAUGGGCCCCGCAAAACACAACGAGCGCAAUUACAGCGUUGAGUCAGAAUACGAAUACGGCUCCCGCGCAGGCUUCUGGCGCCUCUUCCGCCUCUUCAACUCCCGAAAGAUGAAGUUCACCCUCUACGCCGUCGCCCAGGCCGUCGAGGAGCAGCCCGAGGUUGCGACGCGGUGCGUGGAGGAGGGCCACGACGUUGCCUCGCACGCUUACCGCUGGAUCGAUUACCACGACAUGCCGAUCGAGACGGAGAAGGAGUAUAUCCGAAAGUGUAUCACUUCGCUCAAGAGGCUGACGGGAUAUGCGCCUAAGGGAUGGUACUAUGGUCGUAACUCGCCGCAUUCGAGGACGCUUGUGCCGCAGGUAUAUGAGGAGAUGGGGGAAGAUCUUGUGUGGGCGAGUGAUACGUACGCCGAUGAUGUGCCGUACUGGGUAGAUCUACCCACUGAGCGGGAGAAGGUUGAUCCAAAGGGGUGUCUGAUGGUGCCGUAUAGCUAUGACUGUAAUGACUUUAAGUUCCACGUCACGGGGUCUGGGUUCCGCGAUCCACAGGGGUUCUACACACAUUUGAAGAACGCAUUUGAUGUGUUGUACGAGGAGGGACAGGAGGGGAUGCCCAAGAUGAUGACGAUUGGGUUACACUGUCGUAUCGUGGGACGGCCGGGAAGAUUGGCUGCAUUGAGGGACUUUGUGGAUUAUAUUGCGAAGAAAGAGGGCGUUUGGGUUGCUACGAGGACUGAGAUUGCGGAGGCGUUCAAGGCGAAGUAUCCGUACAAGAAGGGCCAAUUGGCAUGAGAGACUAGAAGGUGUCGAUAGGAUGUUGAUAUUGGGAUGUUUCAUGAAGGCUCUUUUGCACUGUUCGCUCCCUUCACUCACUGAGCUUAGUAUUGCCUCCAGAUUCGCUUCACCACCACAUCCACCGCCCCUUCAGCCCGAAGUACUCUAAAAUUCUUUAAAAGGAGAAACACAUAAUAACACUAGGAUCGGGCAAUCCUAAAAAUGGGAAAGUAUGGUGAGAAAAGCAAAAGAAUGAUCAGUGGGAGGCUUGAACUCCCGGCCUUGGCAUUACUCAAC